AUGCGAGAUGAGCCGCCGACUUUGUGCGAGAGGGAGUUCGUCGUGCAGGGAAUCGUCGAGAAUCUCCGAUUGGACGGCCGCUCAAGAGACGAUUUUCGGGCGGUGAAACUCUUCCUUGGCUCGCAAACCGGCACCGCCUUGUGCACGCUGGGAAACACGAAAGUAUACUGCACAGUGAGUGGAGAAAUCGGGGAACCAACGCGAAAUCGUCCAUCGAAAGGCCUUGUUUUUGUCGAUGUCGACAUGAGCCCCAUGGCCAACCCGUCUUUUCAACACGGACGCCUAGGAAGCAAGGGAUUCGAGCUGAGGCGAAUGCUAGAGUUGGUCAUUCGAGACUCUAGAUGCAUUGAUGUGGAAUCACUCUGCAUCCGAGCAGGCAAAGAAGUGUGGAAAGUGCAAGUGAACAUCAAAGUGCUGGAUGAUGAUGGGUGUUUGUUGGAUUGUGCAUCGGUUGCCGCCGCCGCAGCUCUGCAUCACUAUCGUCGACCGAUGAUCACCGUGGAACCUGAACGAACGAUUAUCCAUUCAGAGCGGGAAUACGCCCCAGUGCCACUCAACAUUCAUCAUAUGCCACUUUGUGUGAUGUACGGGUUCAUUCGUGACGGAGAAAUCUCGAUUACUGAUCCUGAUUCGCGAGAAGAACUUUAUCUCGAUGGAUGUCUGUGGUUGUCUGUCAACAAGAGGAAAGAGAUCUGUGGAUUGCAUCAAACGAGUCGCCUCAUUUUGACCACCGCGAUGAUCGAAGCAUGCGCAAAUCGAUCGUUUCAGCGGGUCUCCGAUUUGACCGAUCUUAUCACAGAGAUUUGCGCAAACGAUGCGGCGACUCGUUCAAAGAAUCAAGUUGUCGAAGGGUUUUCAUUGGUUUUCGAUGAGCUUUUGCACACAAAUGAAAACCAUCCAAACGAAUUGAUUGGUCCAGCCAUCCCGAAAGCUGUGCUUAACAAGUUUGGACCAGCAGAAAAAGACGAAGCAUCAACAAGCGCACAAUUGGAUCUCAAUGAUGCAACGUGCAAUGAUGACGAGAUGGAUGACGCCAAGAUCCAACUGCAAGCUGAACAGAUCGCCGCAUCGUUGAAGGUGCAAGAGGAGAAUAAAGAAGAGGGGAAAGCCAAGAAGACCCCUGGAUCAAGGAAGAAGGAAAACACGGAAGUGAUGGAUCUUUUGGAUGGACUCGAUGAUGUGGGAACAGCGGAUGUCGUUGAAAAGACGCACGAACAACCACCACAAACCGGCGAUCAAGAUUUCAGUUUGCUAAGUGCGAAACGAAAGAAGAAA